AUGGUUAAAGAUACUAAGUUUUACGAUAUAUUGGGUGUUUCACCAAGUGCUUCUUCUUCAGAAAUCAAGAAGGCUUACAGAAAAUUUGCCUUGAAAUAUCAUCCAGAUAAGAACCCAAGUGAGGAAGCUGCAGAAAAAUUUAAAGAAGCAUCUGCUGCCUAUGAAGUCUUGUCCGAUGAUGAGAAAAGAGAAAUGUACGAUCAAUUUGGUCCUGAAGGUAUGAAUGGUGGUCCAGGUGGUCCAGGAGGCUUUGGUGGAUUCGGCGGAUUUGGUGAUGAUAUCUUCUCCCAAUUCUUCGGUGGUGCUGGUGCUGGUGCCGGAAGACCAAGAGGUCCACAAAGAGGUAGAGAUAUUAAACAUGAACUUUCAGCUACAUUGGAAGAACUUUAUAAAGGUAGAACAGCCAAGUUAGCUCUAAACAAACAAAUCCUUUGUAAGACAUGUGAAGGUAGAGGUGGUAAGAAAGGUGCAGUUAAGAAAUGUUCUAGUUGUAAUGGUCAAGGUGUGAAAUUCGUAACAAGACAAAUGGGUCCAAUGCUACAAAGAUUCCAAGCUGAAUGUGAAGUUUGUCACGGUACUGGUGAUAUCAUUGAUCCAAAGGAUCGUUGUAAAACAUGUAAUGCUAAGAAAGUUACCAAUGAAAGAAAGAUCUUGGAAGUCCACAUUGAACCAGGUAUGAAAGAUGGUCAAAAGGUUGUCUUUAAAGGUGAAGCAGAUCAAGCUCCAGAUAUUAUUCCAGGUGAUGUCAUCUUUGUCGUUUCUCAAAAGCCACAUGAACAUUUCCAAAGAGCAGGUGACGAUUUAGUCUAUGAAGCUGAAAUCGAUUUAUUGACUGCCAUCGCUGGUGGUGAAUUUGCUAUCAAACAUGUUUCCGGUGAAUGGUUGAAGGUCGCCAUUGUACCAGGUGAAGUUAUAUCUCCAGGUGCUCGUAAAAUCAUUAGUGAUAAAGGUAUGCCAAUUCCUAAAUACGGUGGUUAUGGUAAUUUGAUAGUCAAAUUUAACAUUAAAUUCCCACCAAACCACUUUACUGACGAAGAAUCAUUGAAGAAGUUAGAAGAAAUAUUACCACCAAGAACAAAAACUAAUAUUCCAGAAGGUGCCGUGAUAGACGAAUGUGUUUUAUCUCCUUUCGAUCCAAGCAAAUAUAAACCAAGUGGUGCAAGAGGGGGUCAAAGUUAUGACUCAGAUGAAGAAGAAGAACGUGGUGGUGAAGGUGUUCAAUGUGCUUCUCAAUGA